GUCCCUGGCCCCUCACUUUCUCAUUGCCAGUGACGGCUGAUCGGUGCACUGCACACUGGGAGAGCUUACACACACUGACAGAGACACACAGCCUGCUGGAGAGGGACAGACAGACACACAGCCUGCUGGAGAGGGACACACAGCCUGCUGAGCAGUGUAUAUACCAGGAGCUCGGAGGAAGGUCAACUAAAAAGAGAGUUUGGACGGCAUGCAAAGUUGUGAAAUAUCUUCAGACAGCACUGAUGAUCCUCUUAGUAGUGGUCUACCGAGAAACCGACAACCUCGAAUAGUGAUUAUUGGUGCCGGGCUCGCUGGCCUGUCUGCAGCAAAAACCCUCCUUGAGAAGGGAUUCACGAAUGUUACUAUCCUUGAGGCAUCUGACCAUAUUGGAGGCAGAGUGCAAAGUAUAAAACUUGAUCACGCUACUUUUGAACUGGGCGCUACUUGGAUCCAUGGAUCAAAUGGCAACCCCAUCUACCAUCUAGCAGAAGACAAUGGCUUGCUUGAAGAAACAACUGAUGGAGAGCGGAGCGUUGGUCGCAUUAGUCUAUACUCCAAGAAUGGAGUGGCUCACUACCUCACCAACAGUGGCCGGAGGAUCCCAAAAGACCUGGUUGAAGAAUUCAGUGAUUUAUAUAACGAGGUCUAUAACCUGACUCAGGAGUUCUUUCAAAAUGGAAAGCCAGUCAAUGCGGAGAGCCAGAACAGCGUUGGAGUUUUUACACGUGACGUGGUACGGAAGCGGAUCAAAGAUGAUUCCGAUGAUUCAGAGACCACAAAAAGGCUGAAGCUGGCCAUGAUUCAGCAAUACCUAAAGGUUGAAAGCUGCGAGAGUAGUUCACAUAGUAUGGACGAUGUGUCGCUCAGCGAGUUUGGUGAAUGGACCGAAAUCCCAGGUGCGCAUCACGUAAUUCCAUAUGGCUUCAUUAAGAUUGUGGAACUCCUUUCUUGCUCCAUCCCGAAGUCGGUCAUCCAGCUGUGCAAACCUGUGAAAUGCAUUCACUGGAAUAGGUCCAUACAGAAGCAGAUUGAAGGUGUGGCUGACCACAAUAACGACCAGGGAGAAGAUAAAGGUUAUCCUGUCUUUGUGGAGUGUGAAGACUACGAGUUCAUACCUGCUGACCAUGUCAUUGUAACCACCUCAUUAGGCGUCUUAAAAAAAUGCCACGAGACAUUUUUUCACCCCAGCCUCCCAGAAGACAAAGUCCUAGCCAUCGAAAAACUGGGUAUUAGCACCACAGACAAGAUCUUCUUGGAAUUUGAAGAGCCUUUCUGGAGUCCAGAGUGUAACAGUAUCCAGUUUGUCUGGGAAGAUGAAGCUGAAAGUGAAAGUCUUACCUACCCAGAGGGCAUGUGGUUCAGGAAGAUCUGCAGUUUUGAUGUCCUGUACCCACCUGAGCGAUAUGGCUACGUGCUUAGUGGAUGGAUAUGUGGAGAGGAAGCCUUGAUUAUGGAGAAAUGUGAUGACGAGACGGUUGCAGAAACCUGCACAGAGCUGCUACGCAAAUUUAUAGGGAAUCCGAACAUUCCAAAGCCUCGGCGCAUCCUGAGGUCUUCAUGGGGUAGUAACCCACUUUUCCUAGGAUCAUAUUCCUAUACACAAGUAGGUUCCAGUGGAGAAGAUGUUGAGAAGCUGGGAAAACCAUUGCCUUAUACCGAGAGCUCAAAAACUGUUCCCAUGCAGGUGAUGUUUUCUGGCGAGGCAACUCACCGAAAGUAUUAUUCCACAACUCACGGCGCUCUGCUUUCUGGACAGAGAGAGGCAAAUUACCUUGUCGACAUGUACCAAGAUCUCCUGCAAUGCAACAACUAAAAGCCCAACUCGGAGAAAACCACUGACUCGUGAUUCCUGCUACCAUUGCGUGCUUGAUGUUUUUGUUUGUUUUAUUGACUUUUAGUUUUUCUUUUUGUCUUUUUUUUUUUUUUCUUUCUUAUUUUUAACCUCAAUAAGUAGAAUGAUUUUUAUGGUUUUAUGUGAUUCCGAAACUGUUUUAACUUGAGGCAUCUGUAGCAAAUUCAUGUCCUGUAUGGUUACCAGGAAUGGGUGCUCUAUCCGGUUACUGAUUUUGUUAUUUACAUUAUGCACACCUGGUGCCUCGUUUUAUUUUUCUGUAUUGUAAGUGCCUUCUAUGAUAAAUACUAAAAACGUUUAACAAUAAAAGCAUAUCAGGUCAGAAGA